GGAUUCUUGAUCUCUAAUAUGAGUACCCCGUAACGCAUAUAUUUAGACUCCGUGUAUCAAACAGCAUCACGUGUCCUACUUGAUACUACGUACAAUACACAACAUUAAACACUGCUUACCAUUUUUGUUAACCCUAUAAUAACUUGCCUCAAUUAUGGACAACACUCAACAAGUCAACACUCAAAAACAUCAGUAACUAAGCACAAAAACAAACACAUUAUGGAUAGUGGAAACGGGUCUAACAACUAUGAUGACCAGAUGGCAUUGGCUUCAAGCUGCCCGAAGAAGAGGGCAGGAAGGAAGAAGUUACAGGAAACGAGGCACCCGGUGUACAGAGGAGUAAGGAUGAGGAACGGGGACCGGUGGGUAUGUGAGGUCCGAGCCCAUAACAACUCCCGAAUAUGGCUCGGAACAUACCCAACUGCUGAGAUGGCUGCACGAGCCCAUGACGUGGCCGCAUUGGCUCUUAGAGGUAGUACUGCAUGCCUCAACUUUGCUGACUCCGCAUGGAGGCUGCGUGUCCCUGCAUCAACUAACACUAGGGACAUUCAGCAGGCAGCAGCCGAGGCAGCAGAAGCUUUCCGAGGUGGAGGAUCAGAGGUUUAUGUAGGGGAGAAUAGCAACAUGAGCAAUAACAAUGUCAAUAAUGUUACUAUGCAAGCUUCUGGUGGUGGGAAUGAGGUAAGAACUAACACUAACAAUAAUGAGGUUUUGCAUCAGCAAAACGCUGAAUAUGUAGAUGAAGAGGCGGUAUAUAACAUGCCAGGGUUACUUCAGAACAUGGCUGAAGGAAUGUUACUCCCACCACCUCAAAAUCCAUAUGAAGGAUAUAACUGGAAUGAUGAGACUGACGACUGUGAUGUCUCACUCUGGAACUAUUAAGCAUGGACUAAAUUCCAUGCAAGGUAAUAGACUAACUAAUUGUUGCGGGGUGGUUCAUUCCGUGCAUAUGCAUUAUUUUUAAUUUCUAGUACAUAUAGAUCAUGCCGAAAAGGCAUGAAAUUUCAAGCAAGAUCUAUCUAUUAAAAAAAAAAUCUUUGCUUGAAGUAGAAUGAAAUAUUAUCAGGGGAGACUAGGGGUAUCAGGGUAUGUUUUUGUGCAGGCUUGCGUAAGGGGUAGAGAAAGGAAAGAGUGUAUUUUGUAUUGUAAUGGUGGUUUUUGCAAUGAUGUAUUGCUAUAGCUAAUAGCCUGCAUGUAACUAUGUAAGUAGCCUAAGCAAAGGUCCCUGGAACUUUACAUGAAUAAAAGUCUAUUGCCAGUUACUACGUA